AUGAAACUAGGCUCCUGUAAUCUGCAGAGGGAGCCUUUCUCUCCUUUGGAAGCACGGUCACCUGCAGACCCACCAAACAAACCACAGCAGUUUGCAAAGCCUCUGUUCUUCACUGGAGGGUGCCACCAGAAGGAGGAAGGAGAAAACUGCAAGCCGAUCAAGGCACCCUGGAGGAACAACAACAUCAGUUUUCUGACCAGAGAGGCAGCUGUAACAGAGCAAGGAGAGACUAUCAUAGGUUUCUACCUGUUGGCUUUAGGUUGGUUGUCUUGGUUUGGAAACAGCAUUGUGAUUUUUGUCCUGUAUAAACAAAGACAUCUCCUGCAGCCCACCGACUACCUCACAUUUAACUUGGCAGUGUCAGAUGCCAGUAUCUCCGUGUUUGGUUAUUCACGGGGCAUCAUUGAAAUCUUCAAUGUCUUCAGAGAUGAUGGAUUCAUUAUCACAUCAAUAUGGACUUGCCAGGUUGAUGGCUUCCUGACACUUCUCUUUGGCCUGGCUAGCAUUAAUACCCUUACAGUGAUCAGUGUGACACGCUAUAUCAAGGGCUGCCAUCCUGAGAGAGGUCACUGCAUCAGCAACAGCAGCAUGUCGGUGGCUCUGGUUCUCAUUUGGGUGGCCGCUUUCUUCUGGUCUGCAGCUCCAUUGCUCGGCUGGGGCAGUUAUACAGAUCGCAUGUAUGGCACAUGUGAGAUAGACUGGGCAAAAGCCAACUUCUCUACAAUCUACAAGUCCUACAUCAUCUCCAUUUUUAUCUGCUGCUUUUUCCUGCCUGUCUCAGUCAUGGUCUUCUCAUAUGUGUCCAUCAUCAACACGGUCAAACUAAGCCAUGCAUUGACAGGACUGGGUGAUCCCACAGACAGACAGAGGAGAAUAGAGCGGGACGUCACCAGGGUCUCUAUUGUCAUUUGCACAGCCUUCAUUAUUGCCUGGUCACCCUAUGCUGUCAUCUCUAUAUGGUCUGCCUAUGGUCACCCUGUGCCCAACCUCACCAGCAUCCUUGCCAGUUUGUUUGCUAAGUCUGCCAGCUUCUACAACCCCAUUAUCUACUUUGGAAUGAGCUCUAAAUUUCGAAGGGACAUUUUCAUCUUGUUCCAUUGUGCCAAGGAAGCCAAGGACCCUGUGAAGCUCAAACGUUUCAAAAACCUCAAACCAAAGCAGCCACAGCCUUCUCAGAAAGAAGAGAAGUAUGCACCAGAAAUGCACCCUGCACCAAGUCCUGAUUCUGGGGUGGGAAGCCCAACCAACACCCCACCUCCAGCAAACAGGGAAGUGUAUUUUGGUAUUUUUGAUACACCAUCCAAUAACCCCAAUAUUGAAUGUGAUAGAUUGUAA